AACCCUUUCCGCCGCGAACAUCAUCUUUCUGCUUUUUCUUCUACAUCGCAAAAAAAAAAAUUCAGUGAGAGGCAGAGAGAGAGAGAGAGAGAUGGCGAGGUCGAGAAGAAAGUACAGGAACUCUAGGGCGAAAGUUCGCGUUGCUCUUCCUAAGAAGAACCCUAAUAUCUUUAAACCAGCUUUCAAUUUCCCUCCCAAGCUCCGCGCUCUCAUGGCCGACGAUGUCCCUGAAUGGGACGAUCAAGCUAGCGUUAUCCAGAACUACAAAUCCUUUGGCGUCCUCUCUAACCCUAAUUUGCUUGGUAUCCGAUCUCGCACCGACCAUAUGAUUCAGGAUGAUUCCCUCAACGUUCCUCCACCUGUAGAGCCACCCACUGAUGAUCCUAUUGCUAAGGAGUUCGAGCCCAUCGAUUCCGGAAGCGAACUUGAGGAAGACGAUCUUAAGACAGCAUUGGGGAAGCAGAGAAAAGAUGGAAAGAGUGCUCCUUUACAGCCGCUUACCACUAUGCAACGCACACGUAUAAGACGUUUGGUGGAGAAAUAUGGCGAUGACAUUGAGGGCAUGUACCGUGACAGAAAGCUAAACUCAAUGCAGCAUACGGUUGCAACACUUCGAAAGCUAUGCACAAGAUAUCAGAUUUACAAAGACAAGAACCCGAUUUUAGUUCCAUGAUGUUGAUGAUGAGAUCUUUGUAUCUUGUGUUCAAUUUUGUUAUAAACUUGCAACAACACUACAAUGGUUAUGAAGUUUCUAUUGAGAAGCCAGCCUCUUUUAGCAUAUGCAAAACUUAUAAAUCAUAUUGAAUGCUUAA